AUGGGUAUUUCUGAUAAUGAAGUCCAAAAGCAACUUAGCCACAUGAUGGCUUUCAUCGAACAAGAGGCUAACGAAAAAGCUGAGGAAAUUGAUGCUAAAGCUGAAGAAGAGUACACAAUUGAAAAAGGACGUUUAGUUCAACAACAAAGAACUAAAAUUAUGGAGUAUUAUGAUAAGAAAAAGAAACAAGUUGUUCUCCAAAAGAAAAUUCAUUCUUCAAAUAUGUUGAAUGAGGGACGUCUUCAAUGCUUAAAAGCUCGUGAAGAACAUUUAAAUAAUGUACUUGAAGAGGCUAGAAGUAACUUAUCCCAAAUUUCUGGAUCAAAUAAAUAUCCAGAAAUUCUUAGUGGACUUAUUAAACAAGCUCUUUUCCAAAUGCUUGAAAAACAAGUUGAAUUGAAAUGCCGCAAGCAAGAUGUUUCUCUUGUUAAAGAACUUCUUCCAAAAAUUCUUGAUGAAUUAGAAAGUGUAUGGGGAGAUAGAACUCAAGUUGCUUUGUCUUCUGAUUACCUUCCAGAGAAUAGUGCUGGUGGAGUUGAAAUGAGUUCAAAAGGAGGAAAGAUCAAGGUUACUUCAACAUUGGAAUCUCGUCUUGAUCUUAUCGCUAAACAAAUUACUCCACAAAUUCGUACUGCUCUCUUUGGUGCUAAUCCAAAUAGAAGUCACUUUGACUAA